AUGAAGGGCCCCCUCGUCUCCUUCCUCCUCCUCGUGGGCCUCCUGGUCUUCCAAGUGGAGCCCUAUCAAAGGAGAAGCGAUGACAGUCAGCACCAUGAAAAGGGAAAACACGCGGAGGAGUUGUCUUUCCAGAGUCCACCAUCUCCAACUAACAUCCCCCCUGGACCCCCCAAGUAUGGCCUGUGCCCAGCCACACCUUCUUGGCUUUCCCAUCCUGUCACGGCCUACUGCCUGGAACACAGAUGCUGCCCAGGGGACGAAAAAUGCUGCCGCGUUGGGAACAUCAGGAAAUGCAUCCUUCCGGAAGGAGUGCAUCAUGGUUACUGUCCCAGGCAGGAAGAUGGUGCCAUCUACAAGAAGCCCUGUGCAGGAGACCAUCAGUGCAGCUGGCACGAGAAAUGCUGCAAGACGGACCAUCACAAGAAAUGUACCCCAGCUGUGCCAGGUGGAGUAUCUGCAGGACACAUGCCCCCGCCUCCCCUAGAGGGCCUCAGAGGGUUAGCUCACAGUGCAGCUGCCCCCGGCCUUUGCCCCAAGAGGAACCUUCCACGGGUCUUCACCCCCUGCACAAACCAGUGCAAGGAUGACCGGUCCUGCCCCCUUGGGAAGAAGUGCUGCUUUGCCGAGUGUGGCCUGAAGUGCGUCACCCCUGAAAGACACCGUCCAGGAGAGCCCCGGAAACAGGAUCGGGACCAGGCUGAAGAGCAGAAGGCAGGGAAAGAAGGUGGAGAUGCUCAGGCUUCCGAGGAGGAGUCCGUGUGGGCACGGUGCCACACGGGGCGGGACUGUCCCCACCGGAAGAGGUGCUGCAGGGGAGUGUGCAGGCGAGAAUGCCGGCCACAAGAUAUCUGCCACCUCCCUAAAGAGAAAGGCCCCUGUGACGCACGAGAUCCUCGCUGGUUCUACAACCACAGGUCCAGGAGAUGUGAGCGUUUCAUCUAUGGAGGCUGCUGCGGGAAUGCUAACAAUUUCAAGCUUCUUGAAGAAUGUGAGCGCCGCUGCGUCAAUCCAGGUCUGAGGAAGCCUGGCACCUGCCCCACCCCAGUUCAGACCAACAACACCAUGUGCGGCCAGUUCUGCUCCACCGACUCCAGCUGCCCAGGCAGCGAGCGCUGCUGUGCCACCCCCUGCGGGCGGCAGUGUGAACGCCCGGAAGAAGAUUUCAGCGGAUACUGCCCACUGCUGAUUCUUCCGCGUGGCAAUGACACCAUUUGCUUCAAAAACUGCACUGGUGACUGGGAUUGCAACUCUGGCGUUCACAUUCCCUGGAAGAAGUGCUGCCAUUCUGGGGACAGGAAGCUGUGCCUGGAGGCUGCAGAAGAGCACCCUGGCGUGUGUCCCAGGAAGACGGUGGUGCAGACCUUCACCACCUGCAACAGCAGCUGCAGCGAUGACCGGGACUGCCCCCUUACUGAGAAGUGCUGCUUUAGUGGCUGCAGCCGAGGCUGCCUGCCCUCAGUUUGCAGUGACCGGUGCCAGCUGCCUUCAGACCAGGGGAGCUGCUCGCAGCAUCUGGAGCGCUACUACUACAGCCCGGCCGAGAAGAAGUGCGUCCCGUUCGUCUACCACGGCUGUGGGGGCAACCGCAACAACUUUGAGACCAGGAGUCAGUGCGAGAAGGCCUGUGGGAGACUCAGUCGAGGCACGGCGGAGGUUUGCAAGCUGCCAGCCGACCCAGGGCCUUGUCGUGGCUAUUCAGAAAAUUACUACUACAACCGGGACACCAAAAAGUGUGAAAAGUUUGUUCAUGGACUGUGCGGUGGCAACGAGAACCGCUUCCCCACCAAACUGGAGUGCCGUAUGGUCUGUGAAGGGUUAGGUGCGCCCCACGAGUCCCAGCAGUUCGUCCAGCAGUUCGUCCAGAGUGACAGCAGCCCCCUAAAGCAUGUCCCCCUCUGGGACGUCACUGCGUGGAAGUGGGAGCAGAUGCCAGCAUCGUGCUGCUGCCGCUGCCAUAGCCCAAGCUCCUUUCCUUGGAGGCCCACGGUCUCUCUCGGUCCAGAGAUAGCCUGCACACUGGCCGAGGAGACCUCCCUUGCAAUCUGA